UCCACCUCAAUUAUUGAAGCUACGGGGGGCUGGCUCUACAAAAAUGGCAGGUUUCGGAAUAUCAGAACAAUAUUCGACAUAAACUUGUUUGAUGGCUGCCCUGCCGCCGCCGCCUCGGGCAGGUCGGUGCUUGCUGCUCGCUGCCCCCGCCCCCGUCCCGCGCGAGCGGGCGGGAUUGAUGGGAAAUUUGAUGCGUUGCUCCCGCCCCUCGCGCCGGUGCCGCCGUUUCUUCCCGCCCCUCGUGCUGCUGCUCCUUCCUGCCCUUCGCGCCGCUGCGACACCCGGUCCCUGCGCUGCCCUCAUAUCACCCACCUCCCCUCUUGCUUGAACAACAUGAUGCUAAAAACGGUGCUGAUCACAAAUUUGCUCAGGGCGCGAUUCUGUUCCUCCCUCCUUCGCCCUCCAUGCGUCCCGCUCGAGGGUUCCGUCUGAUAAAAGACGUAGCGCAGGGUGGCCCGCUGGCACUGGUGCGUGAUCAGCGGCCGCGCCACGUGGUGCUUGAUUCCGAUUGACCCCUCCCUCAGCGCUCUCACCUCCUCCCUCUCCUUCCCACCAACCCUCGCACCCCUCGCAAC